CCAUGUCUGGCUACGAAAUACCAUCCUGGGCUGGCAAACCACCGACCGGCUUCCAUUUGGAUGUACUAAAAGAAGAUAAACUGGUACAAAAGCUAAUGGUGGAUGAGAAGCGAUGUUAUCUAUUUGGACGAAAUGCUCAAAUGAAUGAUUUUUGUAUAGAUCAUGCAUCCUGUUCCAGGGUACAUGCGGCAUUUGUUUAUCACAAACAUUUAAAUAUUGCAUAUUUAGUUGAUUUGGGAUCGACCCAUGGCACAUUUAUUGGUUCGGUACGUUUGGAACCACAUAAACCCACACAAUUGCAUGUCAACAGCACCUUCCAUUUCGGGGCAUCAACACGUAAUUAUAUAUUACGCGAAAGACCAUCUGCUGGACAGCGCAAUAACAUAAUGGAAGAUAUACCAAUGAGUGAAACGAGUGAUGGUGCCUUAUUGGGAUUACCGGAAACUCAAACGGAACUAGAUAAUCUUACGGAAUACAAUACAGCACAUAAUAGAAGAAUUUCCAUGCUGGGAAUAGUCGAUGAUAUAAGAAAGAAUAAAAAUCCCCGAAAACGUCGGAAUGUCACCUUCAACGACGAAGAAAUCAUAAUAAAUCCUGAAGAUAUUGAUCCAAAUGUUGGACGCUUCCGUAAUUUGGUGCAAACAACUAUAGUUCCUGUGAAACGGGCACGUUUUGAUGGACCAUCGAAUAUGGGUAUAUCAUCAACACCAACAACUCAUGUCAAUAGUCAUCAGAUAUUCCAGCACAAUUAUCAGGAACAUGCCAAAAAUCUGCAAACUUCACCGAACAGCAGCAACAACAACAGCAGUGCACAACAGACGGCAACACCAUCUCUGUAUCAGGGAUUGCCGGCAGCUACACAUGAAACACAUCCGGGUAGAACUGAUAUUAGCGGUCCAUUGAUUGGAGCAAAACUGGGGUUAGGUUUAUUACUGCCAAAUCCAGCGCCGGAUGUAACGCCGGUAUUUAAUGAACCUGCUGCUACUGUACCAACAGCGGCAAAUAACGCCAAUCCACAAAAAGUCAAUGUGGCAAAUGGUAAUAAAACUAGGGAUAUACGCUACGAAGAUCCUAUGCACUCGGAAAGUUCCGGAACCUCUGGACCUCAAAAGAAGAAAUAUGCCAAAGAAGCGUGGCCGGGGCGUAAACCAAUGCUGGGUUCUUUAUAACACAAAUUU